AUGCCUACUACCCCGGCACAGGCUGAGAGGAUGCAGAAGAUUCUGAAAUGUGGGGAAGCUCGGUGGUAUAUGGAUCUCAUCCCACCCAGCAAAACUAACUCCGGAGUCUCAUUUACCCGUGCAAUGCAGGUCACAUCGAAAUUUAUAGAUAACCCACAUCGAGCAUUUAGCUUUGUUAUACAAAAGAUUCGAUUGCGGUUCUAUCAGUUUUCUUUGGUUGAUCCUUCGUCUCCUGCUGCUCAGAAAUAUGCGGCGGAGGCAGCGGACUGGGUCAUCGGUGGUGGAAGUGGUAUGGUCGUGGGUAGGAUGAAGUUUUGUCGAGAUGUGUUCCGUGCAGUGUUCAAAGUGAACAAGGAUCUUGCUGUAAAUGCGUUUCAAAAGGAGAAGAAUUCGUUUCACCCCAUUGCGAGGAAGUUGAUUGAGAAAGUGAAUCGCGUCUCGUCACCACAGUUCAAUAGUGACAAUGCACCUGCACAGGAUCUCAAACUUUCAAGCUGA